UUAUUGGAUUAUUGUCCAUUCGAGGUACCCAGUAUAUUGUUGCCCUAACAAUGAAAUAACUGAGGUGAAACUUUUCAUUUAGAGAAUCUUUAGUUAGGAUUUUCCGGACUGGCUGUUUCCUGUGGAUAUAUUUUGAAUAGACUUUUCUCUCUGUCUGUCUAUCUGGGCAGUCCUAAAGGUGACUCAGGCUCACUGCUCUGACCGUUCAGUUCAAGGGACACCAAGCUCAAAGGAGUUCGGGCUUUAGAGAUGGCUGCUUGCGGUGCUAAUAUUACACCAUGAAACUGCUCAGAACUUUCCUCAAACUCUUAACUCUCUGACAAGUGUAUUUUCUCGCAUUUGAGACCAAUCAGUUUACCGUAUUUAGCUGCCUGAUUGAAGGCGAGAACAGAAACCAUCUAUUAAGAUCUGAUAUAUUAUCCAAACAAGCCUGUGUAUUCAGGGGGUAACGUAAAUGUCGGGCCGUAAAAUUACCCAUAAUCAAUUGAAACGGCGAGUGUGUACGUACUAUGUGCCUGGUAUUUGUAGAUCUCCCACAACAGUAAAUCUAGAAGUCUGCAGCUUAAAGCACUAUGUAGCAAAGUGCUGAUCAUUUGGCAUUUGGAGCCGGACAACCAUAAAAGAACGACCAUCGGUGAAAGCAGUGUUUCAAUCGAACAGUCGGAAACCACCCUCGUUCAGAAAGCGAACUUUAACGAGAAAACAGCAGCUGCGACAAUAAUUUGUGCAAUACCCCCUCCCCCCACACAAAAAAAAGCCCACAAAUAUUGUGGCUUGCAUUUUUUUUGCACUACGUUUCACUAAUAUUCUUCAAUGGAAGUCAGAUGCAAUCGAGAACCAAUAAUGGAAGCGGAGUCGAGCAAAGGUUUGAAGAAUGGACUCCGAGAAGGAAAAGAAACCAGCUCGAAUUCACGGGAUUCUCACGGAAACCUCCGGAAUUGUUUGAUGCAGGACCAGCAGGAGACGUUCUCAGCUACUGCAGUCUCCGAUGACUGCAAUAAAACAAAAUCUAGUAGUAGUGACCCGGACUAUUGUAGACGAAUUCUUGUUAGAGAUGCUAAGGGGUCCAUAAGAGAAAUUAUUUUACCUAAAGGAUUGGACCUUGAUCGGCCCAAACGCACCCGAACAUCUUUCACUGCCGAGCAGCUGUACCGCUUGGAAAUGGAGUUCCAACGUUGUCAGUACGUUGUGGGACGCGAAAGAACGGAACUGGCCCGACAGCUCAACUUGUCAGAAACUCAGGUGAAAGUCUGGUUCCAAAAUCGACGCACGAAGCAGAAAAAGGAUCAAGGAAAAGAUUCCGAUGUUCGCUCGACCGCUUCCGAGACGGCGGCAACAUGCAGCGUGUUACGACUCCUUGAACAAGGGAGGCUACUGUCCCCGCCGGGGCUAUCUGGUCUCUUGCCCUGUUCCUCCAGCACCCUGGGCUCAGCUCUGUGUGCCCCCGUAGUGGGUCUUGGCACCACUCUGGGCACCUCGUCACUCACUGCGGGAACAUCCGGAGCACCGACACUGACUACCACCCAUCCCGGACACAAUGUUUUUAGUAUGCCGGUACCGUCUCUUCUCGGGACUGUAACCAACAGGCUUGCCUCGCCCAUAACUGUAACCGGGUCAUUGACCGGAAACUUGCAGGAAUUGUCCGCUAGAUACUUGAGCUCUUCCGCUUUCGAGCCCUAUUCCAGGAACGGCAAAAGAGAAACGAUGGACAAAAAAAUAAUGGACUGACAAAAUCUUCAGGAAACGGCAUUUUAACUGUUGACCCGCGAGACUAAAUUUUAAAGAAUUGAAAAUUAAUAUUCACAUAGCCUACAUAAGUAUGCUCAAUUCCCAACUCGUUCAGUUUAGAUUAAUUUGUAAAGGCAGAAUCAACCAUCCACGACAUAAAUUGUGAUGAAAUCGUUAACUCUCACAUUUGUUUUAAAGCGGUCCAUACUGCAGCCCUUUAAAUACUAAACAUUACAGUAACUGGUAACUGCUGUAUAGAGUUGGCACGCAACCCAAACAACUUAGUUUACAAAAAAAAUCGAUUAUCUUUUGGCCUAUUAAGUAGAACAGCAUGAUUUUGGAUAUUUUUGAAUUGCAGCUUAAAUGAGUCAGCCAACACCAACAAGAAAAACUUUUGUUUUAGGAAAAAGAGUUUGGUUUAUUCUGAAGGAUCAAAAAAAAAGUAUUUGAUGUUCAUGUUUCCCGUUCUAGCUCUGUUAGGUACGUCCUGAAUGGCAAUUGUUCAGUGUCUGGUCUUGUAUGAAAAGUGUAUAUCGUUUUGAACCUGUGCCGCCAAACUCCAGAUGUUCUGAUGUAUAGCUUUUAUCAUAGUAUAAUAAUUUCAAAGAAGCAAAAUCUGAAACUGUAUUUUAUUGUAAAUUAUUGAUUAACGUCCGUGAUUAAUAGACUAAUGGCUUAAUGAAAAGACGAUGAGUGUAUUUAAAGUUUAAUAGAGACAAAUGAAAGCCCUUGCUACUAACUUGAUCUGUAUUUUGUCGUUUGUUAUCUUAUGCAUGUCGUAAGAGUGAAAAUA